UAGGGCGUGGUUACAGGACAGGAAACAGCGAUCCGCCACCAUGAUGAACCUGACUGUGCUACCAGUCGUCUCUAUGCUCAUGGGUAGAUAUCAGCCGCCAGUCAUCACGCCUGGGUUCACCUGUGAGGGACCAACACCUUUGUUCUUAAAGACCCCUGAUGUUGACCUGUCUCUCCUGCCACCUGAUGCUAACCUGGAGAAACUGCUGAGCUUAACUUGGCCAAGAUUAGACGACAACAGCACACUGCCUCACCCUAUCAGGCCCCUACCUGACAUCACCGCCAGUGACAUCCAAGAAGCCUUCGCCUUCGGUGUCUCAAUGUUCAAUAAGCAGAUCAAACUUGAGGAGCUGCUGAAGAACAGAGGCCUGAGUUUGAAGAGGAACUCGUCCUCUUAUGAUCACCAAGUACUGAACAACAUGCCUAGACCAACCUCAAAAGCGCUCUCUCGUACGGGUCACAUUGUGGACGACUGUACGGCCAGGAUAGCUAAGAAGUACAACUUGGACAGAAAUCAGCUGAACUAUCUCAUACAGAAGUUGAAAGCCCCGAAGAAUUGUGAAGACGAGAGAAUGAGACCAAAGAGAGAACCUUGUGAUCCCGAGAGACGUUUUAGAAACCAAGAUGGCACCUGUAAUAAUCUUAGAAACCCAGAGACAGGAGCUGCUUUCACUUCCUUCACACGUCUUGUUCCAUCUGAAUUUGAUGAUGGUGUUAUGACGGUAAGACAAGCAGCAGAUGGGGGAGACCUGCCUAAUGCCCGUCUAGUGAGCACCACUGUCAACUUUAAACCGGCAGGUCAGAAGACUUGUCUCAACUUUCUUCACAUGACUUUCGGCCAGUUCCUGGAUCAUGACCUGACCGAGACGCCCAUGAGUAAAGGAGUGAACGGCAGCACUAUAACAUGCUGCAGUAAGGAGGUGCAGGACAACCCAGACCUGCUACACCCACAGUGUGCACCGAUCACCAUCCCCGCUGGCGACAACUUCUACAGCCCUUAUGCCGCCACCUGUAUGGAGUUUGUGCGAUCUGUACCUGCCGACAGGUGUACCUUAGGACCGAGACAACAGCUGAACCAACUGACCACGUAUGUUGAUGGUGGCAGUGUAUAUGGGAUAUCUCUUGAAGAAGCUGCCGAACUACGAAGCUUCCAAGGUGGACUAUUGAAAACCCAGUUAACGAGGGACGGGGUGGAACUACUCGGGCCAAACAUGAAUCUUCCAGGCUGUAAUGUACCGGAAAGGAGUGCUGAGGGGGAGUUCUGUUUUAAGGCGGGCGAUAACCGAGUGAACGAACAGAUGUUUAUGGUGAUGGUAACGGCAGUGUGGGCGAGGGAACACAACCGCCUGGCGAAAAGACUGGCGAAGAUCAAUCCUCACUGGGAUGAUGAGAGACUGUUUCAAGAGGCGAAGCGAAUACUUGUAGCGGAGAUACAACAAGUUGUUUACAAUGAAUAUUUGCCUCCUGUGUUAAGUCCUAAACUCAUGGCAGCAGCUGGACUCAAUACAGGAACUGAUGGUCAACAAACAACUGAUUAUAAUGACAGAAUUGAUCCAGCUAUGACGACUGAUUUCGCAACUGCUGCCUUCAGAUUUGGUCACUCUCAAGUUACCGACCGGAUUUUUGAAGUAGCGCAAAAUGGAAGGACCACAGUUGAAGACUUCAGUACUGUUUUCUUUAACCCUUUCGCACUGUACCUACCGGGCGCACCUGAGAGACUAGUGAGAGGAGGGCUGGUCCAGGCUGCAGGCAAUGUGGACAUGGGCCUAUCUUUGUCGGUGUCUGGGAAGAUGUUCCGUCGUAUGAAGCAGUUUGGGCUGGACCUUCUCGCUCUUAACGUACAACGAGGGAGGGACCAUGGCAUACCUGGCUACGUCAGAUACAGGAUGGCGUGUGGCCUGAAACCUGUCAAUAACUUUGAUGAGCUCAAACCUGACAUGGAACCUCAGGUCUUAGAUAAUCUGAAGAAGGCCUACAAGAGGGUUGAAGACAUCGACCUGUUCGUCGGCGCUCUAUCAGAGAAGAACGUGGCUGGCGGUAAUGUGGGUCCCACUUUCGCCUGUAUCUUGGCAGACCAGUUUGUGAGAAUCAAGAUUGGAGACAGAUUCUGGUUUGAGUACAAGGACUCCCCGGGAGCUUUUACUGUUGACCAACUGAGAGAACUCCAGCAGGUCUCCUUCUCUCGUAUUCUCUGCGACAACAUCAGAGAGCUGAAUCAAGUCCAACGUUGGUCGAUGGAGGUCAUAAGCCCUUUUAACCCUCUCUUAUCAUGUGACUCUAAAUGUCUUCCAAGUCUGAACCUCGACCUUUGGAAAGAGAAGCACUAGAUACCAUUAUAGAGCAAGGUACCAUUAUAGAGCAAGGCACCAUUGGAGAGCAAGGUACCAUUGGAGAGCAAGAUACCAUUGG